GGAGGGGUGGGGGGGCAGCGGGCGGCGGCAUCAGUGUCCGCACAUCUGGAUGGAAGCGAGCCUUGUCCAGACCACCAUGGCUCUGGGGCUAUCCUCCAAGAAAGCGUCUUCCCGCAACGUGGCCGUGGAGCGUAGGAACCUGAUCACCGUGUGCAGGUUCUCUGUGAAAACCCUGCUGGAGAAGUACACAGCAGAGCCCAUCGAUGACUCAUCUGAGGAGUUUGUUAAUUUUGCAGCCAUUUUGGAGCAGAUCCUCAGCCACCGUUUCAAAGCCUGUGCCCCAGCAGGUCCAGUGAGCUGGUUCAGCUCAGAUGGGCAGCGGGGCUUCUGGGAUUAUAUCCGGUUGGCCUGCAGCAAAGUGCCCAACAACUGUGUGAGCAGCAUCGAGAACAUGGAAAACAUCAGUACUGCCCGAGCCAAGGGUCGGGCAUGGAUCCGGGUAGCACUGAUGGAGAAGCGCUUGUCAGAAUAUAUCACCACAGCCCUGCGGGACGUCCGGACUACCAGGCGGUUCUAUGACUCCGGAGCCAUCAUGCUGCGGGAGGAGGCCACUCUCCUCACCGGGAUGCUGAUAGGACUGAGCGUCAUCGACUUCAGCUUCUGUCUAAAGGGCGAAGUUCUGGACGGGAAGACUCCCGUGGUCAUCGAUUACACGCCCUAUUUAAAGUUCACCCAGAGCUACGACUACCUGACGGACGAGGAGGAGCGGCACAGCGCUGAGAGCAGCACGAGCGAGGACAACUCCCCCGAACACCCCUACCUGCCGCUCGUCACUGACGAGGACAGCUGGUACAACAAGUGGCACAAGAUGGAGCAGAAAUUCCGCAUCGUCUAUGCGCAGAAGGGCUACCUGGAGGAGCUGGUGCGACUGCGCGAGUCGCAGCUGAAGGACCUGGAGGCGGAGAAUCGGCGGCUGUUGCUGCAGCUGGAGGAGGCUGCGGCGCAGAACCAGCGCGAGAAGCGGGAGCUCGAAGGCGUGAUCCUUGAGCUGCAGGAGCAGCUGACAGGUCUGAUCCCUGGUGACCACGCCCCCCUGACCCAGGCUUCCAAGGAACUCACAACACCCCUGGUCAGCCAGUGGCCCUCGCUGGGAACACUCAAUGGGGCUGAGGGAACCAGCAAAUCCAAGCUCUACAGGAGACACAGCUACAUGAGCACCGAACCGCUGUCAGCUGAGGCCAGUCUGAGCUCUGACUCCCAGCGCCUAGGAGAGGGCAAGCGGGACGAAGAGCCCUGGGGCCCCAUCGGAAAGGACCCCACGCCCUCCAUGCUGGGCCUCUGCGGCUCCCUGGCCUCCAUCCCCAGCUGCAAGUCCCUGGCGAGCUUCAAAUCCAACGAGUGCCUGGUGAGCGACAGUCCCGAGGGCAGUCCAGCACUGAGCCCCAGCUGAGAAGCGGCAUGGGCAAUCCAGCCCCACCUGCCAGGGGCCAUGGACACCUGCCACUUUUCCUUGAAUCCCCCCAGUCCAGGCUGCCCUUCCAGAGAAUGCUGCCCACCCAGCCAGGGGUCUCUGAGGAAAAGAUAACCAACCCCUGCUUCUUGCCUGUUUUAGCUUCCUGCCCAAGGAGGCCGGGGCUGUAAAGGGAAGCAGUGGGGGCGGGAGGCAGGAAGACCAAGGCCACAGGGAGUACUGGGGAAGCCACUCCAUUCUUCUGGUGGUCCUGAGGCCUAGCUGAAUCCCUCUGGACUCUCCUUCGCUCAUCUCCCACUCUCAAGAGCUGACGGCCCAGCCUUGGCGACCCUGCUGCCCUGCCUCUCUAGUCUGUCCUUAUGUACCCUCUGGAGUCACUCCUUCCUCGUCCCCACAUGGGGGUUCUGGGGGGAUCAGGCAAAUAAAAACCAGAGGACUGA